AUGGCACUUUUAGUAGACAAGCAUCGGCCGCGUAACCUUGAAGCGCUCAGUUAUCAUCCUGAGCUUUCAGAUCGCCUGCGAGCUCUAGCACAAAGCGGCGACUUUCCCCAUCUCCUCGUAUACGGCCCUUCUGGAGCAGGUAAGAAGACGCGUAUCGUCGCAACCCUCAAAGAACUCUAUGGCCCCGGUGUUGAAAAGAUCAAAAUCGAUGCACGUGUCUUCCAGACUACCACGAACCGCAAGCUCGAAUUCAACAUUGUCGCUUCCGUAUACCACCUCGAAAUUACGCCAUCAGAUGUUGGAAACUAUGACAGAGUAGUGGUGCAAGAUCUGCUCAAGGAGGUUGCGCAGACACAGCAGGUCGACUUAGGUGCAAAGCAACGCUUCAAGGUUGUCGUCAUCAACGAGGCCGACCAUCUGACCAGAGAUGCCCAAGCAGCAUUAAGGCGAACCAUGGAAAAAUACAGCCCUAACUUGCGAUUGAUCCUGUUGGCAAAUUCGACGAGCAACAUCAUUGCCCCCAUCAGAAGUAGAACGCUGCUUGUCAGAGUUGCGGCGCCUACCGAGGCUGAGAUCUGCGAUGUGCUAAGCAAAGUGGGAAAGAAGGAGGGAUGGAAGGAUGUUGAAAGUUUACAUCAGAGGAUAGCGAAAGACAGCGGACGUAACCUUCGAAAGGCACUUUUGAUGUUCGAAGCAGUGCAUGCCCAAAAUGAGAAGAUUACAGAUCAGACACAUAUCCCACCUCCCGACUGGGAAGCGCUCAUCGAGCAGAUUGCCCGCCAAAUCGUUGAAGAGCGUUCUCCCCAACGGCUCCUUCAGGUUCGCGCUUCCCUUUACGAUCUUCUAUCGCACUGCAUCGACCCAACGACUAUCAUCAAAACCCUUACCUGGAAACUCAUACCAAAGACGGAUGAUGCACUGAAGCCAGAGGUCAUCAAAUGGGCGGCCUUCUAUGAGCACAGGUGUAAAACGGGUGCUAAGCAUAUAUUCCACCUUGAGGCGUUUGUUGCCAAGUAUAUGAGGCUAUACGAGAGCUAUUCCAUGGGCUUGGACUUCGAUUCCGCAUAA